UCAGCGGCAGUCCCGGAGCCAUGAUCGAGGUCGUCUGCAACGACCGCCUGGGGAAGAAGGUCCGGGUAAAAUGCAACCCCGAGGACUCAAUCCGCGACCUGAAGAAGUUGAUCGCGGCCCAGACCGGCACCCGCUGGGACAAGAUCGUCCUCAAAAAAUGGUACACCAUCUUCAAGGACCACGUCACGCUUGGGGACUAUGAGAUCCACGACGGGAUGAACCUGGAGCUGUACUACCAAUAGAGCCUGGCCAGUACGGACCAGUACGGACCAGUUCAGCCAUCCCAGUGCUCCCAGUUCAGCCCAGUUCAGCCAUCCCAGUACAUCCCAGUAAAGCCAUCCCAGUGCUCCCAGUUCAGCCCAGUUCAGCCCAGUUCAGCCAUCCCAGUACAUCCCAGUAAAGCCAUCCCAGUUCAGUCAUCCCAGUGCUCCCAGUGCAUCCCAGUUCAGCCCAGUUCAGCCAUCCCAGUGCUCCCAGUUCAGCCCAGUGCCCCUCCCCCUUUUUUCACCCAUUUCCGGCCCCGCCCCAUUUGUUUAUGAAUAAAAGCGAUUUUGAGGCCUC